AUGAAGAGUGGACCGCUUGGGGAUGUGACGGUGUUCCGCGCGUUGACGAUGAAGCUGGUGGCGCGGUUCGGGCUCAUCUGCGUCCUUCUGGCGCUUUUCGUCACCAUCUUCGUGUACGAAGUGCGAGAGUCGCCGCUUUUGGGCGUCGGACGCACCGACGACUUGGCGUCCGUGUACCAGCCCAUGAAAGUGAAUCCGGCGGACUUGAAGCCCAAGCGGCCCGUGCACACGUUGAGCGGAGACGGGGAACCGGAUGAUGAAGAAGCUGGUGCAGACUCGGAAGAGGAAGAACCUGCUGUGGUUGACCCGAGGUCCAACAAUGAAGAGGAGGAAAGUGACGACACCGGCGCCACGACGCAAAGUAGGGCAUCUCGGGACAAGAUGGCAGCUCAAGACGCGGAAGAAGCCACAGAUGACGAGGACGAUUACUACCCCGAGAUUCAUUUGGCUUCCGUGAGCUGUGGGAAAAAGAGAGCAACUGGAAACAUUGUGACAAUGUUGCGAACCAUUGCGACUUUCCUGGAAUCUGACGAGUAUUUCAUCUCCGUGCAUAUUAUUUGCGACAACGAACAUUUGGAAGAAAUCCGUCGAGAGGAAAUUCUUCCACGAUCCGUGAACCACAUCAUGUACAUGGACGCAGACACGCUUUUCUUAACACCCGUCGAAGACGUGUGGAAAGAAAUUCACAACGACUUGGAGAAGAAGCAUUUCAUCGCUGCCGUGAAAGAGUACGAAUUGGACGAUGUUCCAGACAAAGAACUCACCAAACAAAUGCAGUAUAAGUCGCCGGUUCCACAUUUCGGCAAUUCUGCAAAGUCGUUGAUGAUCCACUUGCCAGUCUCGCCGGAACUGCUCCUGAAAGUGCUUCUCGGCAGCGUGCGGCAGAACGAUUGUCCUCCCAAGUCCGAGCUGUUUCCGCGAAUCGAAAAGCUGAUCUGGGCCGGGCGGCUCAAGAAGCAGGGCUUUGAGGACGACAUGUACGAAUGA